UUGUAAUUGUAAAAAUAGAUUAUUAAUGGCAUAACAGUGUAUAGAAAGUAUGACUUCCAGUGAAAUAAUCAAAGAUUGUUCGACAGGAACUAAUUUAAAUUGGGAUGAAGAAGAACUUAAACUAUUUAAAGAGCUUGUUCUCGAAGACAAAGAUUUAAAGUGCAGAACGGAUGAUAUUUUCCUUUUAAGUUUUUUGCGUGCGAAGAAAUUCGAUAGGGAAAAAGCAUUUAUUUUAUUAAAGAAUUAUUAUGAAGUUAGAAGAAGAAUUUAUAAAGAUUUUUUUACAAAUUUAACUCCUUCUGCUGUAAGUAAAUGUUUAAAUGAUAAAAUUGUCGGCUAUCUACCCAAUACCGAUCAAAAUGGACGGGUCAUUGGAGUUCUAAUAGUUCGUCGAUGGAAUCAUAACACUGUUUCGCCAUUAGAUGUGUUACGAACGAUGAUAAUCGGUAACGAUUUGUUACUCAACGAACAUUUAUUGCAGAUUAAUGGAUUAACAAGUAUAAUUGAUGCAAAAGAUGUUACUUUAAGACAAGUAUUCCAUGCAACACCAAGAAUGAUAUCUUUAGCAGUAUCAGCUCUCUAUAAAUCCUAUCCUAUAAGAUAUAAAGAAUUUCACAUCAUCAAUAACAAUAAGUUAAUAAAAAUUGCAUUUGGAUUAGUUUUACCUUUUUUGCCUUAUAAAAUUAAGAAACGUAUUUAUAUCCAUAAUUCGGAUUUUAAUACCUUACACAAAUUUAUCGAUCCAAAAUAUCUUCCUAGUGAUUUUGGAGGGGAAUUAUCGGAGUAUGAUCCAUCGCAUUUUUACGAAAAAAUGAAAUUGUAUCAAUCGUUCUUUGAAGAAAAUGAAAAAUAUUGGAAAAAUUAGAAUAAAAGAGUGAUUCUUUUUAUUAAAAUUCAAUUCAAUCGAUAAAAUUCUCACUCUCUCAAGAAAACAACUAAUCGUUUUAUAGCAUCAGUAAUAGUCUGAAACUCUUCUGUAACAUUCUGCAUUUGUAACAUCAUCAAUAACAACUAAUAUUCUUCAGAGCAUCAGUAACAACUACAGUUGCCAACGUUCUUGUACAGAAUUUAAGACACUUCACGGUCACUGUAUGAUUGAGGACAUUGAUAACAAAGUAAUUUGUUAUAAAUAUUUGUUGACUAAUUAAAUUAUAAAACAUUAAAAUAAACAAUAAAUAAGAUUUAAAUUCAACAUUAGCAUUUUUACCAACAACGCUAGCUUAAUUGUAGUAUUUAAGUGUUGUGUAAUAAAAAUAUUAAAAGUAUUGUGUUCACUUGUGUAUCACAAUAAAGAAAGUUUUUAGUACUGAUGUCCUCAAUAUCAGUAUACAUUGUUCUAUCAGAGACAGUGUACGUAGCGUAUAUAAUUAAAAUACGGGUAUAUACAGUAUAUUAUUUAUCUUUUCAGCUGUAAAAAUGUCAUUUCAAUUGAAUUCGAAAUAGCAAAAAGAUUAGACGGGACACUUUAAUUAAUGGCACAUAAGAAUUACGACAAAUUGUAAAUACUCGUACAUUAAUUAAUUAUUAAUUCAUCGGAAAAACGAUGAGGGCAGGAGAAUGACGAAGAAAAGUGAAACUUGUUAUGAACGGAAAGUACUGUAUCUUAGUGAAAAAGACAAUAAAAGGCACAUUGUUAGGGUUCCAGAAAACCAUUUCGAACGCUGGAAAAAAUUAAUUCCACAUGAAAAUAAGGAAUUAACUACAAAGGCUCGUAUAUGUGACAAGCAUUUUAAAAAUCAAUUUUUAAUAAAAUCAUUCAGUCACACAAUCGAUGGCCAAUUAAUGCAGCUUCCACGUGAUUAACCAUUAUAGUACCCUGAAAGCGACAGUGUCCAUCAGAGAGAAAAGCUGAAGUUGUCGCCAAGAAGAAACAAGUUGAUCUUUCAGGUAAGGAAUAAAAUACGAGUUUUACAUUAAUGAAUGCACGUUAUGUUAUUUACAUUUGAAUUUUGAAAUUUUGAGGUACUAGGUCCACUUUACCUAAAAAUAUUGGAAACGAUAAUCUACUGCCUAGUACUUGUAAUGACAAUGAUAGACGUACAACAACAUAUACAAACUCAGAAACAAUCAGAAAAAAGUUAUAAAAAUGACCAAACUAAAGUGUGAGGAAGGAACUGUAUAAAGCCUUGUGAAGCAAAAGUUUUUACAAUUUACAUUUCAAACAUUUUUUUUAAAUAAACAGUUUAUUAGUUAAAACAAAAUCAAAAAAAUUGUAAAAAGCUUUAAAGUUUGGCAUAGAUGUAAGAAAA